AUGAAGCCUCAGACUGCUGCUUUCCUGCUCAGCCUUCUCGGCUCUACCCUGGCUGCCCCCAUCCAGCAUGCCGACAAAGGGUCCGAUGUAAAGCCCACUCCUACCGGACGGGGCGCUCCUGGCGGAUUCUUCACUGGCUUCCCCUCUGGUGUCCCCUCUGGCCUGCCAUCCGGUUUCCCUGGUGGUCCAGUACCUGGAGGAUUUGGUGGCGAUGGCCCGAACGGCCCCAUUCCAUCCGGCCCUGCUCCCUCUGGCGCUCCCCAAGGUGAGGAGGGCAGUUCUUCCUUCGGCGGCCAAGGAGUUCAGGCCCGCUCGCCACAGGAUUUCGAGGACUCAGGCGCUGCUCCAUCUGGAGCUAUUCCCUCUGGUGCCAUACCCACCGGCGCUGUUCCCUCGGGCGCUCCCAAUGGCUUUGGCGGUUUCGGACAGGGCGGUCACGGCGGCCCAGGAGGCCCAGGCGAGGAAGGCUCUGGUCCUUCUCCUACCGGCGCUGUCCCUUCCGGAGCCAUCCCCUCUGGAGCCGCUCCUUCCGGCGCAGUUGGAGGCUUUGACGGCUUCGGACAGGCAUCUGAGAACUCUGGCAACGCCCAGUUCCAAUCUUCUGGCACCUCGCCAUUUGGUGCUUCCCAUUCUGGAUCGGCUAGCGGUCAUCAGGGCGGCCGUCACGGUGGUGACUACCGUGGUCAGCACGGCAACGGCUCUGGCGCGAUUCCUUCCGGUGCUGCUCCUUCUGGUGCCGCUCCCUCUGGCGCUGCGGGAGGUUUCCCUGGUUUUGGACAGGGCGGCGAGGGCUCUGGCCCCUCUCCUACUGGCGCUGUCCCCUCUGGUGCUGCCGGAUUUGGUGGUCAGGGUCACGGCCAGGGCCAGGGUUCAUUCCCCACCGGCGUCGCUCCAUCUGACGUCCCCUCUGCUCAGCCUACUGCUUGA